ACAUUUACAAACAUGUAACGAUACUCCCGGGUUCAAACCAUUUACUUUAUUAUGUGUUUUGUAAUACCCACUCGACGGAUUAUUAGAGUUCGGAUAUUCGUCAUUGUUAAGUUAUCAUCACAGUACCCACAUUUUUCGAUGAUUAAUGAUCCAUUACCAAAAGGUGUAGUACCCAUUGAUUGUUUUUAUAUACAGAAAAGUGGAAUCAUACCAUAAAUUAGGCAAGGGCCUGGGCCCAAGUUAAUGUGAACUUAUUUAUGUAUAUAGAUGGUAUAUGAAAUUGCAAUUCUCACAAUAACUGCUAAGAUCUUAUCAGCAGAAAAUGCUGUUUCACAAAACUUCCAGCGUAUUGCAUCGGACGUGCUUUCGUGGAAAAUUUUAUGGAUUACCGAGACAAAAUCUUAUUGGUCUGCCAAGGACAACAAAUAGACAACUAUCUUUGUUGUACUAUAAUCCAAGGCAACCAUGUAGAGUUCGUAAUUACAACUUAAACACUUUGAGAGGUAAUAUUAAUGCAGUGGCAUCAUUCAAGGCAUUUCAUACCUCUGCUAUAAUAGGUGAAGAUUUAAGAACAGUAAAAACACCGCCAUUUCCUGAUUCUGUAACGGAGGGAGACAUAAGAUGGGAGAAAGAGGAAGGUGAAGCCAUUGAGGAGGAUGAAGUAAUUGGAGAAAUUGAGACUGACAAGACUGCUUUACCAGUCACCUCUCCUGUUGCUGGUGUAAUCAAAAAGUUCCUUGUUGAUGAUGGAAGCACAGUUGAAAAAGGACAAGAUUUAUUAGUUGUUGAUGCUUCAGGUGAAGGUGGGCUUACUACUUCUAAAGUUGCAGAUGAAACCGAGCAAUCCAAGGUGGAAACACCACCAGAACCUCUUCAACCCAAAGUGGAAACAUCUGAACGUACUGCUGAAAAAGUUGUUCCAAGGGAGAUACCUUCAGCACCUCCUCCUGUUCCAGAGAUCCCUAAAGAACCCUUAAAGAUUGUUACUCCCACUCCCCCACCUCUGCCUCAGUCUCCUCCCUCAACUGAAGCUGAUAAAGGUAUCCCUGGCACUGCCACUGGAGGAAACAGAAAUGAAACACGGGUGAAAAUGACACGUAUGAGAUUAAGAAUUGCGGGAAGAUUGAAGGAAGCUCAAAAUACUACAGCCAUGUUGACAACAUUUAAUGAAGUCGAUAUGAGCAACAUCAUGGAGAUGCGUGCGCAGCAUAAAGAGGCUUUCUUCAAGAAACACAACGUAAAGCUUGGAUUUAUGUCUGCAUUCAUCAAGGCAUCUGCGCAUGCGUUGCAAGAGCUGCCUGUUGUGAAUGCAGUGAUUGAUGAUGAUGAUAAUCAGAUCAUCUAUAGAGAUUAUAUCGACAUAAGCGUGGCUGUUGCUACACCUAAGGGUUUAGUUGUUCCUGUAAUUCGUAACGUUGAAACCAUGAACUUUGCCGAUAUCGAGAAGACAAUUAAUGCUCUUGGUGAAAAGGCCCGAGAUGGUAGUCUAGCUAUAGAAGACAUGGACGGUGGUACAUUCACCAUUUCAAAUGGUGGAGUAUUUGGAUCUCUUAUGGGUACACCAAUCAUUAACCCUCCUCAAUCUGCUAUAUUGGGUAUACAUGCAAUCAACGAUAGACCAGUAGCGUUAAAUGGAAAGGUUGAAAUCCGCCCGAUGAUGUACCUUGCAUUGACUUACGACCAUCGUUUGAUCGAUGGUAGGGAAGCUGUGACAUUUUUACGAAAAAUUAAGACAACUGUGGAAGAUCCCAGAAAAAUAUUACUGGAUCUUUAACUUAUAACGAGAGAGUAGCAUAGUUACAUUGCAAAAUGUUUUAAACGAUUUUUUUAAGUUGUCAAAUUUCAUACAAUGAUUUCACUGUGCAGUUAACAAACGUCCAAUGAUUUCACUGUGCAGUUAACAAACAUCCGGGAUCUUUGAUAAAGUCAUACAAUGAUUUCACUGUGCAGUUAACAAACAUCCGGGAUCUUUGAUAAAGUCACACAAUGAUUUCACUGUGCAGUUAACAAACAUCCGGGAUCUUUGAUAAAGUCACACAAUGAUUUCACUGUGCAGUUAACAAACAUCCGGGAUCUUUGAUAAAGUCAUACAAUGAUUUCACUGUGCAGUUAAAAAAACAUCCGGGAUCUUUGAUAAAGUCACACAAUGAUUUCACUGUGCAGUUAACAAACAUCCGGGAUCUUUGAUAAAGUCAGCAAGUACGCAAGCAGGUGUCUCUUGCUCUCUUGACUUUUGUUUGCCAAAGCUACCAAAGCUAAUGCAGUAAUUUUAAAGAUUUUUUCCCAAUUGUUUGUGAGCUCGGAGAUUAAUGCAAUUAUACCGUUGAUGGAGUAAUUGAGUAGAAAAAGUACUCGUAAAAAAUUUUUGUGUUGCAUUAUCAAAAAUGUCUCACUAAGACGCACGAUUCAUUUAUCCAGACUGCAGACUGUGGUGAAAAAUAGGGGUGACUCCGCCAGUGAACUGUAUUAACAACUGGAACGAUAACUUCUCUAGUUUUAUCCCAUGAUUGGUUGAAACCAAAUGGCAUCUAAAAUUUGCCAACUCCUCACUGAAAUAAUACAUGUUUGUUUUUGCUUCUUGGCAGUAGAAGAACGGUAGAAAAAAAAUUUACUGUCGUAUUUUUGGACACACUUUGUGCCAAGCUGUUUUAAUUGCGUCGUACUAAGUGUAUUCCACAGCGAGAUAUUUUCGAAGAAAAACAUCUGCAAGAAUCGAGAACCAUUUAUCAACAAACUAAAACUAGACGGAACUGCAAAAAAAUAGAUAAAACGUAUUUGAAAAUUAUAGCUUUUUAUACAA